AUGUCUUAUAAUCAACAACAAUACGGAGGAUAUCAAGGUGGUUACGGCCAACAAGGUGGCUACGGCCAACAACAACAAGGUGGUUAUGGCCAACAGGGUGGAUACCAAAGACCCCCUCCUCCUCAAACUCCACAACAGCAACAACAAUAUGGUGCUUACAACAACAGACCUCAACAAGCAUACCCUCCUCCACAAAACUAUGGAAGACCUGGUCCUCCUGCUGGACCCCCUCCAGGAGCUGAUCCACAGCUCUGGAAUUGGUUUACUGCUGUAGACACCGAUCAUUCGGGUCAGCUUUCUGUUGAUGAGCUUCAACGUGCUCUCGUUAAUGGCGACUGGAGCCCUUUCAAUAUCGAGACUGUGCGUACAAUGGUAAACAUGUUUGAUAAAGAUAACAGCGGCACUAUUGACUUUAAUGAAUUCGCUGGAUUGUGGAAGUACAUUGAAGACUGGAAGAGAUGCUUCCAGACUUUUGAUGCUGAUAACUCUGGAAAUAUUGAUCAUGUCGAGAUGGGCAAUGCAUUAAAAACCUUUGGUUACAACUUGUCAGACCAAUUUAUUCGUGUUUUGGUUCAGAAGUUUGAUAAAUAUGGCAAAGGAAACAUCACAUUUGACAAUUUUGUUCAGUCGUGCGUUACAGUAAAGACACUUACGGAUUCGUUCAGACACUUUGACACGGACAAUGAUGGUUGGAUUCAAAUCAAUUAUGAACAGUUCUUGGAAUUGGUCAUUCGUCAACGUUCUUGA